AAAGCUGUGGGAAAAACAACUGCAGUCAGUCAAGACUGAUCCAACAAAAAAAAAAGAGUCUUGGGGCUCACAUAUACUCAUCUCACCAGGAAAAGGUGGAAGGAAGCAUGUAGACCAUUACCUCUGAGGUCAUAAACUCUGAGCAAGUUACUAAUCUCCUCCACCUCUUCCUCACCCACCCUCAUCUGCUGCUCCAUUCUGCUGCUGCUCCUGUACCUCUCCUGCCAGCAGGCUGCAGUCACCCCUUCCAGCUUCAUCCUCCCCCUGCCCCAGACCCUCUCACUCCGACAGCAAGUUUAACCCAUGCCCCUCUAACCUCCUCACCCCCCCAAUCUUCCCUCAUAUCCUCUGCAGGCUCCUGUUUCCAUUUUACUUUCUCAUUGCUUGUCUACUUGCCAGAAGAGCAGGUCCUCAGCCCCUCCUGACCCUUCCUGUCCUGCCUGUGGAGCCUCAGGAGCUUUUGGAAGCGUGAAGCUUGGGACAAAGGGCAGUGUCGGGGCUGUGCCUGCAGCGGGACGUGGCUUUCCUGGCAGGCAUAAGCGUGUGUUUUGCACAUGGUGAUAUCUUUUAAGGCAGGGAGUUUUUUUUCUGUGACACAGAGGCUCUGCACCAGCAACAGCAUCACCAAUGAAACUGCUUCCAUUCCUAGUUCUGGUUUCCAGUCUGCUGGACUAUGGCUGCGCUUCUGCGAGCUGCAACAUGACGUGCCACAAGGACGCCCGGUGUGAAGUUCAGGGUGGGACCACGGGCUGCUACUGCUCGCAGGGAUACACAGGGAACGGGAUAACCUUCUGUUACGAUGAUAAUGAGUGUGAAAAUGCUACUCAGCCUUGUGGAGAGCAUGCCAAUUGCACAAACACGGUGGGAAGUUAUUUCUGCAUGUGCAUGCCUGGUUUCAGAUCCAGCAAUGGUCAACAAACUUUUGUACCUAACGAUGGAACCUCCUGCGUGGAUGUAGAUGAGUGCAGCAAUGAAGGAACUGUUGCCUGUGGAGAUCAUGCAAAAUGUGAAAACGUGGAUGGAGGGUUUAGCUGCUCCUGUAAGGAAGGUUAUCAACCAUCCACAGGAAAAUUGCAGUUUAAGCCAAAUGAUGGCACUUCCUGCCAAGAAAAUCCAAAGGCCAAGUGUGAGUUUUUCAAAGACUGUGUAACUGAACAGAUUAAUAGAACUUUAACCAGACUCAGUCAUUUAAAGACACCUCUGGAGAUGCUGCAGGAAAUUAAUAAAAACACUUUGGGAGCGCUUUCACCCGUGGAUGUGGUUUCCUACGUGGAAGCACUGUCGUACCCCUCGUGGGAUGCUGCGCCUGACUCCGGCAGCCAAGCCCUUCCCAACACCACCAUUAACGUUUUGGUCAACACCGUGAAUAAUUUCUUACAAAAAGACAAACUGACGGUCUGGGAAGCUCUUCCCGCCGAUGAGCAGAGGCGGAGCCUGACCAAGCUGCUGCACACCGCUGAGCAGGCGACGCUUCUCGUGUCACAGAACUUCAAAAAGGCAACACAGCUAGAUGCUAAUGCAAGUGACGUAGCACUCAAGGUUUUUGCUUUUGAUUCACACCACAUGAAACACAUUCACCCUCAUGUACACACAGAGGGAGAUUACAUAAAGAUCUCACCAAAGAAGAGAAAGGAAUCUCAUCCUAAUGGCACGGUUGCAGUUGUCUUUCUGCGGUACAGCAACGUUGGUUCCUUGCUCUCACUGCCUCAAAACCACUCCUCAAAGGAUCCUUCAGAGCAGAGACAGACAGUAGGUUCAUCAGUUAUAGCUGUCGCAAUCAGCUCGAACCCACCCACACUCUAUGAGCUCGAGAAAAUAACAUUUACCCUAAAGUAUGCCAAGACUGCAGAUAAAGACAUUAAAUGUGCAUUUUGGAACUACUCGGCAGACACAAUGAAUGGCAACUGGGCUACAGAAGGCUGUGAGCUGACACAUUCCAACUCCACUCAUAUCUCAUGCAAAUGCAAUCAUCUGACUCAUUUUGCUGUUUUGAUGUCCUCAGGUGGCUCUGUUGGUGUUACAAAUUAUAACAUUCUUACAAGAAUCACUCAGCUAGGAAUAAUUAUUUCGUUGAUUUGCCUCUCCAUGUGCAUUUUUACGUUCUGGUUCUUCAGUGAAAUUCAAAGCACUAGAACGACAAUCCACAAAAACCUCUGCUGCAGCCUUUUCCUGGCGGAACUUAUUUUUCUGAUCGGAAUUAAUAUGAACAAUAACAAGCUCUUCUGUUCAAUUACUGCUGGAUUACUCCAUUAUUUCCUCCUGGCUGCUUUUGCCUGGAUGUGCAUCGAAGGCAUUCACCUCUACCUGAUCGUUGUGGGGGUCAUCUACAACAAGGGCUUCUUGCACAAGAACUUCUACGUCUUUGGCUACGUCAGCCCAGCCGUGGUGGUUGGAAUUUCUGCUGCCCUGGGAUACAAGUACUACGGCACCACAGAAGUAUGUUGGCUCAGCACUAAGAAUAACUUUAUAUGGAGUUUUAUAGGACCGGCGUGUCUAAUAAUUCUUGUUAAUUUGUUGGCUUUUGGAGUGAUUAUUUAUAAAGUAUUUCGACACACUGCGAUGUUAAAGCCAGAAGUUAGUUGUUACGAAAACAUAAGGUCCUGUGCCCGAGGUGCCCUCGCUCUGCUCUUCCUCCUCGGGGCUACCUGGAUCUUUGGGGUGCUCCACGUCGUCCAGGGAUCCGUGGUCACCGCCUACCUAUUCACAAUCUUCAAUGCCUUCCAGGGGAUGUUCAUCUUCAUUUUUCUCUGUGUACUGUCAAGGAAGAUUCAGGAAGAGUAUUAUAGGUUGUUCAAAAACGUUCCUUGCUGUUUUGGCUGCUUGAGAUAAAUGGAAGGAGAACACCCAUAAACAUCUCAGUGGAAGAAGGGAGCGACCCACAAGCUGUUGUUAUGGAUAUCCCAGCAAAAAAAACAUGGUAUUGUGAAGGCAUGGAAUGACCCAGUGAGCAGGCAUAUCUCUUCACUGAAUUACUGACUGGUUUUGUACAUAUGUGUGCAUUCGAGCAGAACAUUUGUUUUAUUCUGUAUACAAACAGUAUACAAAAAGAAAAAAAAAAAUUGGAUUAUUGCAAAACAGGUGUUAAUAAAGACCGGGGAAAGAAGCAAAUUUCUAGA